AUGCCUCCUAUUAGAAAUAUGAAUGAGGAACAAGGGAAUCAUGACAGUAAUGGGGAGAAAGAUGAAUUCACGACUGAGAUUGAUAACGAAGAGCAAGAUGAGCAAUAUGAGCCUCUAUCUGACGAUGGGAAUUGGGAUAAGAUUGAUCAAAAUCUUAGGGACAUGUUAGUGGAAAGAGGUUCUAAAAGAGUUGAUGAUGUUGCAUUUCUGAAAGAUAAUUCAGGUAGGCAUUUUUCUUCUGUACAUUACAUUAGAAAAUUGCCUAAUGGGGAGAUGCAAGAUAGGAAGUGGCUAGUAUACUCAUGUUCUUUGGAUAUAGUAUUUUGUUUUUGUUGCAAGUUAUUCAAGCAAAUUGGAAUCAAGACUUACCUGGAUAAUGAGGGUUUGAAAGAUUGGAAGAAUAUUGGUCAGAGGCUUACAACUCAUGAAACUAGCAAUGAACACAUUCACUUCAUGAGUGAAAGGAUUAAAUUGGAAAGAAGAUUUCAAAAAUGUAAAACAAUUGAUGAAAGUGUGCAACAACAAAUGAGCAAAGAGAAAGAACAUUGGAGACAAGUGUUAUGGAGGAAAAUUGUUGUUGUGAAAAGACUUGCAAAAGUUACUUUGGCAUUUCGUGGAGACAAUGAGAAGCCGUAUGAAGAGAAUAAUGGAAAUUUUUUAAAUGUGAUUGAAAUGAUUACUGAAUUUGAUCCUACAAUGCAAGAGCACAUUCGGCAUAUUGAUACACAUGAGACUCAUUACCAUUAUCUUGGUCACAAGAUUCAAAAUGAAUUGAUACAACUGUUGGCAAGUGAGGUCAAAAGUGAAAUCAUAGCAAGAAUCCGAGAAGCAAAGUAUUUUUCAACGAUACUUGGUUGCACUCCGCUUACCAGUCACAAAGAUCAAAUGUCUUUUAUAAUAAGGUGUGUGGAUGUUACAAAAACUCCAAUAAAGGUUGAAGAAUUCUUUUUAGAAUUUCUGAAUGUACAUAACUCAACAGGGUGUGCACUGUUUGAUGUGCUUUUAGGUGCAUUGAGCACUCUUAAACUUGAUGUUGAUGACACAAAGGGACAAGGUUAUGACAACGGUUCAAAUAUGAAAGGCAAAAAUAAAGGCGUGCAAAGCAGACCUGGUUUCUGCUGUUUGAACACAAGCUGGUGUACUCCAGCUGUAAAAAAUGUAAAUAACGUAAAGAACGUGGCCUCCCACUCCAUUUCUUUGUCUUCAGAACCCCACCUCAAUGACCAUUUGCUAUCGUGGUCAAAGCAUGUUCAGAUUCACGUGUUCUGUUACUGGGCACUUCAGACGGGGUUCUCAGUGAAGUACUCGGAGUUCCUGCCUGCUCUUUGGUUGCUUGUGCUUCUGACCACCUCAUUCUCUUUAACAGAAAUAAACGCAGCAGCGCCAACCUUAGAGAACAAAACGCCUUCGGACCUGGCGAGGUUCUCUGACCUGGUCGACCCGCCUGAGUCGUGCGCUGGGUGUCUGUACAAGUCACCAGGUCGGGAUCCUGUCACUGCCGAGCUCCUAUUGCAGAGGCCGACGCUGAGUUCCUCCAUCAUUUAA